AGUCGCUGUCUCUGGUCAUCUCCUGUACUGUGUCCGCAGUCUCUGGUCAUCUCCUGUACUGUGUCCGCAGUCUCUGGUCAUCUCCUGUACUGUGUCCGCAGUCUUUGGUCAUCUCCUGUACUGUGUCCGCAGUCUCUGGUCAUCUCCUGUACUGUGUCCGCAGUCUCUGGUCAUCUCCCGUACUGUGUCCGCAGUCUCUGGUCAUCUCCUGUACUAUGUCUGCAGUCUCUGGUCAUCUCCUGUACUAUGUCCGCAGUCUCUGGUCAUCUCCUGUACUAUGUCCGCAGUCUCUGGUCAUCUCAUGUACUGUGUCCGCAGUCUCUGGUCAUCUCCUGUAGUAUGUCUGCAGUCUCUGGUCAUCUCCUGUACUAUAUCCGCAAUCUCUGGUCAUCUCCUGUACUAUGUCCGCAGUCUCUGGUCAUCUCCUGUACU